UAACUGAUCAAAUACAAUGCUACCGGACUAUGACUCCAGGGGGACUAUAUCCGCUGUCACACCGGCACGAUUUCGCAGACUUACAUGGUUAUGGGCACACUAGAGAAACAACACAGCCUCUUCCCAGCGUCUUGUCUUCUUGUUUUAGGCUGUGGGAUAAUCGUCAUAUUCAGUUUAAUGGUGACCAGCGCCGCUGAGUCGGUUAUAUGGGGAGAUGUGAUCAUGUAUACACGUUCAGUCUCGUUCAAAGAGUUUAAAGUGACUACCAAAGUAGCCGAGGAACGCCGCGACGGAUGGGCUAAAGUAACGUAUGAAUUCACCAAGGUGCGGUUGCCGGCAAAAACACAUUCCUUGUCUUUCAAUAGUUUUUCAGGUUAUUUGAAAGAUAACGGGUACGAGGUUGUAUAUUCAAUUGACCUUCGGGGUCCUGGCAACAUUCACGAGAUUGGUAACAGGACGUUGUGCAUGAGAAACGCUUGCGUAGAUUCCGGUUUAAAAAGUAUCUAUUGUCGCUUAUUAAUGAAUUUUAAGAAUGCCGAACCGUUAACUUUUGUCGGCGAGUGGAGGAAUCGGAAAAAAGAACGCAGAGUUUGGAGGAUGGUGUACAGUUUGGAAAGACCAAGAGCGUGUUAUUCGCACCAUCACCUGAUAGUCGGCCAUUACUCGGAGGAAGAGACGCGCAGCCCAAAUGAAGUCAGCAAACAAAAAUCUUCCAUGAAGAAACAAAACGGACUGGAUCGCCAUUCCCGACAAGAUAUAGCUGAUGAGACUGGCCGUUUGUAUGUUUUAGAUCUAUCAGACGAAUUCAGUCAUGAACUAGUCAUUAUUGGAUCAGCUUUUGGAAGAUUCAGCAGUUCGUUGCGUUCAAAGUCCGAGAUGCUUUAUGUCGGGAAGUAUUUGAAUAUAAUUAUAGGUUGGGAGUUUAAAGCCAUAAACAUGGAGCCAAAAACAACUUAUGCCAGUGUCAAGGCAAAAAGCUUGGUCCACUGUGUCGUGCUGAGCAUUCGCCAGGCUGACUGUUGGAGCGUUCGUUACUCUAUUGGCAAACUGGGAUUAUUCGAGUGCCGUCAAUUUACCAGGGGUCCGGAAACAACCGAACACAACCAAUAACAUCAAGAAUCCAUAAAGACUAAGAAUUUGGAACUUCAGAAAUUAAAAAACCUCAAAUUUUUUUCAAAAGGGUGGGUAAACGUUUCCUGAACUCAAAUACUAAAUGUUAUUGAUUCAUUGUAAGGAUAUUACCAGGACGAACCAAAUGAUACCUUAUUCAGCUCUGAACUCUUAAUGAUAUAGGAGAUACAGAGCAUUUUGUCUAAUAUAUAAGAAACAAAAUUCAUUAUUUCAUUUCCCGUGCUAUGGCGUGAUGGUGGGCAUUCUU